GCAAAACGGAGAGGCUUCUUCUCGUGCUCGGUCGUUGCAUUCUCUCCCCCUCCCUAUUUCUCCAGCUGCAUCAUCAUCGGACACUUCACCGCCGGCGACGGUGCACAGCAAGAAAGGCUCCUUCUACCGAAGUCUCCCCUCUUCGAGAGGUCACGUCCCCUCCUCUUCCCCGCCCUCGACCGGUAUCGGACUGGGCGACUAGCGUGGAGUGGAGAUCCGUCCGAAUUGGAUCCGUUUCUUCUGUUGUUCUUCUCCAGGGAGAGAAAAAACGAUUACCCGAGGUGCAGGUGCACUUUUUUUUUCUUCCAAUUUUUUUGGGUGUUCAGCUGAACCCACCAUGCCCCAAGUCAAGUUUGCCACUGCUUCAACAUGAGGCUCAACAAGGUGGAAGUGAACCUGAGACGGCUGCUGGAGGCGGCUCCUCGGCAGCAGAAUCAGGCUAAGCUUGUCCAUUAUGUGACCACAGCCAGAGAGCUGUUGGAGCAGCUAGGAGCAGAAACUACACCAGAAGGGAUAUCAAGCAUUUCAAAAGCUAAGCUUUCUGAGUAUUCCGAAAAGAUUGAAGCGCUAGCUGCCAGGCUCGCUGCUUCAGUGCCAGAAAAUGAAAAGCCAGUUGCCGAAAGCAGCAAAGAAGAAAGCUCUUAUGAAAAAGCAAAGGCAGAAAGUCCAAUUUCUUUAUCAUCAGGACUGCGAAGGAGAUCAACAACUCAUGUAGAGGUUGGACCAAGCCAUUACGAGAGAAAAGGAGAUAUCGGAACACCUAUCAAAUUGGAUGCAGAAGCACAGGCUCACAUUGAGAAGCAUAGGAAGCUACAAGAAGGUUUGACUGAUGAAAUGGUUGAGUUAGCACGACAACUGAAGGAAAGCAGUCUUAUGAUGAACCAAUCUGUGCAACAGACAGAGAAGAUCCUUGACUCCACGGAGAGAGCCGUGGAGCAUAGCUUGGCAAGCACCGGCCGUGCAACAUCACGAGCAGCGGAGGUCCACUCGCUGACUUCCAAGACGACGUGCUUCCAGUGGCUGCUCAUCUUUAUGAUGACUUGCAUGUUUGUUAUGGUGGUUCUGCUUAUACGGAUCACCUGAGGCCAUAGCGGGCAUUCAUAUUCUUGUAAUCACCUGUCUUUGGGUUGGAACUUUUAAUCGGCUCUAACACAGACAUAAACAUCCUGCCCUGAAGAACUGUAGCAUAGAUGGACGGUACUUUCAUGACGAAGUGACACAUUGCUUAUCUGCUGAAUGGUAGCACAGUUUGUAACUGCUCGUGAAACCUUUAAUCGCAGUACUUCAAUGGAAAUAAAUCACCAUGACCACGGUGUUCAGUCUA